AUGAUGUCCUGCUCGCGCGUGCCACAUCCCGACGCCCUGGCUGUCGGCGACUACGAGUGGCGCACGUUUGCCGAGUUCUUGGACCACGUGGAUGAGACCGCGGCCGGCAUGAAGCGCGUGCUGGGGCUCAAACGCCAAGAAAUGGUCGGAGUCUUUAGCCGCUCGCAGUACGAGUGGACGCUCGUGGAGCAGAGCUGCAACCGCAUGGCCUACACGCUCGUGCCGCUGUACGACACAUUGGGACCCAGCACGGUGCCGUACAUCCUCAAUCAUACCGAAAUGCGCGUGGUAUUCUGUGCCAAGGAGCAGGCGGCGAUACUGCUGCGUUGUUUACCCCAAUGUCCGCACCUGAAGACAAUCGUUCAGUAUGAGGGCUUCUUGGAUGAAGAGCAAGUGGCGGAAGCGAAAGCGCGUGGAGUGAAGAUUUGGACACUGGAAGAGGUCGUGGAGGUUGGCAGGAUUCAUCCAGCGGAAGCGGACCCACCCAAGCCCGAGGAUCUGAGCACCAUUUGCUACACAUCGGGCACUACGGGGACGCCCAAGGGUGUGUUGGUCACCCACGCCAACUUUGCCAGUGCUGUGAACGCCUUCCUGCCACUGCCACAUGUGGCGGAGCACUUCUUGCACGCGAUGAUGAUCACGGAGGAAGCUGCCAUUGGAUUCUACCACGGAAGUGUGGCGCGAAUUCUCGAGGACGUGCAAGCGCUGCACCCGACGGUGUUCGUAGCUGUGCCUCGACUCAUGAACCGCAUCUUCGACCAGUUGAAGCACGAGGUCGCCGCAAGCGGAAAUGCGGAGCAGAUUGAGUAUUUCUACCGCGCUCUGGAGGAGAAGAAGCGAUUGAGUGGUCUGAAGCACGACAAGUUCGACGCUGAAUUGUUCGACCGCUUCCAGCCUGUAUUAGGCGGUCGUGUGCGGCAGAUUCUUACGGGUGCCGCCCCCAUCACGAGUGAAGUGAAGGAGUUCUUCCAGUACGUCUUUGGUGUUCCCGUACUAGAAGCCUAUGGGAUUACUGAGGCAUCGGGCGGCGUCGCCUGCUCUAGUGCAUCGAUGCCCCAAGGCCCUCACGUGGGCGUUCCGCUUCCAGGCCUUGCCAUUCAACUUGCAGAUGUUCCAGAGAUGAACUACUCAAGCGAGGAUGGCCGCGGCGAAGUGCUCAUGAAGGGGCCGAACGUGUUUCCCGGUUACUACAAGCAGCCCGAGCUAACGCGAGAGGUCCUGGAUGCUGAUGGGUGGUAUGCCACGGGUGACAUUGGCCGCUGGAAUGCCGACGGUACGCUGAGCAUCAUCGACCGCAAGAAGCACAUUUUCAAGCUUUCCCAGGGAGAGCACAUCGCUCCGGAGAAAGUGGAGGGCGUCUACCAGAAAAGCAGGUUCGUUGGUCAAGUGUUCGUUGAUGGAGACUCACUGCAGAGCUAUCUCGUCGCGGUUGUUGUUCCGGAUGCGUCUGUUGUCGCGCACUCGCCAUUCCCGGACUGGGAGACGGAUGAAAAGCAAAGGCACGGACUGGAGAAGGCAGUGCUCGAAAACAUGGACAUCGUAGCGGGUGCGGAUGGACUGCACGGCUUCGAGCGCGUCAAGAAGGUCUUCUUGACUACUGAGGCCUUCACGGUCGAGAACGAUCUGGUUACCCCAACGUUGAAGCCGAAGCGCACGAAUCUAACCAAACACUUCGCUGAUGUGGUGAAGGGUUUGUACGCGGAAGGUCUGCAGCACUGA